AAUACGAUUAAAUUGGGAAUCUGGAAUAAACUAGCUUUGUACAGAGAUAAACAGAUUGAACCAGUGUGGCCGAACUGCGCUCAUGGAGUUAUUUUGAGCAGCUAAUAGGUUUUCUACAAGCGUACUGUGCGGUGUUUGUAAUGAGCAGGCUUGGGGGAAGGCGGUUUCUCAUCAGCAUUGUAGUAUGUGACAGCCGUGACAUGUGGGACUGGGCCGGAGACCGCUUGAGCGCGUGAUGGUCUUCAUUCCUUCGAGAGGAUUUUGAAGGAAGUCCGGGGUUUAGAAAAGAGUACAUAUAGUUCUCCGAUUCUCAUCAUUCAACAGCGUACUCUUAUCGACUUUAGGUAACAGCCUACUCAGAACUUAAUUUAGCUCGCCAAAUCUGCCAUAUAGCAAAAUUGCUCAUUCUUCACAAUGACACCGUCAAUAACACGCCACUGGAUCCUUUCCAAGAAGCCCACCGACCUUCCAAUCCUCUCCGGACCAGAUUCAACCUUCAGCCUCGCCACCAAACCACUCCCACCAGUAGAGGAUGGUCAAGUCAUGAUCAAAGUCCUCUACCUCUCCAACGACCCAGCCCAACGCCUCUGGAUCGACCCAAGCAUCGCCCCCGACCGCCUCUAUAUUGAACCCGUCGAAGUAGGCGAUACCAUGGCCUCCUACACGUGUAUCUGCGAGAUCAUCGAGUCUAAAGCUACGGAUCUGACAAUCGGAGCGUUGAUCCUUGCUGAUGUUGGGUGGAGCGAGUACGCUGUCUUGCCGGCGGAGAAUUGCAUACCCAUCAACCCGAUCAAGGGUUUGAAACCUGUGCAUUAUGUCAGUCUUUUUGGUGUAGCGGGUGUGACGGCCUACUACGGGCUUGUCGACAUUGCGAGGACCACUGCAAAUGAUGCGGUGGUGAUUAGUGGUGCUGCAGGUGCUGUUGGUUCUAUCGCUGUGCAGAUUGCGAAGAAUGUGUUGGGUUGUAAAAGGGUGAUCGGAAUUGCUGGGACUGAUGCGAAAUGUCGAUGGGUUGAAAGUUUGGGAGCGGACAUUUGUCUGAACUAUACGAGCAAGGAUUUCGAGGUGGCAUUGAAGGAGGCUACAGACGGGUUUGUCGAGGUCUUCUUCGAUAACGUGGGAGGUGAGAUUCUGGACCUGAUGCUCACAAGGGUAAAGAAGGACGGGAGGAUUGCGGCUUGCGGGGCCAUUGCUGAAUAUAAUGGAGGAGAGCGAAGUGGGAUCAAGAAAUGGUACCACGUCAUUGCGAUGAGGCUCCAGAUUCGGGGAUUUGUGGUUCUUGAUGCAAUUCCGACGGGGAGGUGGACUGCGAUUGUGGAGGCACUGGUUCAGGGGUUCCAGGAUAGAAAGAUCAAGGCCACUGAUGAAGGGUUGACGAUUCGGCAAAGUUCGUUCGAGGAUGUUCCGAAAACUUGGAUGGGACUUUUCGAUGGCCGAAAUAGUGGCAAAUUGCUCACUCAACUUUUGUAGUCUCGCGCUCUAGGUUGGUGCUCGGCAAUGCUGUGUGUACACUGGAAAUAUAUAACCGCUCUACUCUUUUGAAAGGACUUGUACUAAUAAUGCCAAUGAC